AUGCGCCUGGAAUUGACGGGGAAGGGCAAGUCGACCGCCCUCGAGCCGCACCGCGCCGAUCCCAUCCUCACUGGUGACCACAUCCUCGACGUCAUUUCUGUCGUGGCCGCGCAUGAGGACACGGACUUCGACGCCAUCAAGGCUCGCAUCUCGGAAGGCCUGAUCCCCGGGUUGCCUGGGCCAUCGGAGCCGCGCUUCACGGAGGGCGGCAGCACCACCGGCUUCCACUACCCCGACUUUGGUGCAGCAAUGCGUCAGGUCAUCAGCGACUCUCUCGCCCGUCACCACAUCCGUGGAGAGGCCGCGGCGGCCAAGUUCAUUCGGGCACUCACCGGCACAGCCUAUGUGUCGGAGACGGUUCAAUGCUUCAUCGUGAAUGCCGGGCAUAGCCGACACGCCGAUGGCUUGAAGAAGUGGGCGUUCUGCUGGCCAGAGGACCAGGUCUCGAAUGUCUUCGACAAGGAGACGGUCCAGGGGUUCGCUGAGCGCCAGGAGGUCUAUGCUGCGGCCGUCGUCUUUGCUCGACAACUCACGUCGACCGGUGGCAACACGCUUGCCAAACUCUCGCAACGACUCCGAGGCAAGCGGUAG